AUGUCCGCUGGCCUUGCCAAAGACCAGCCUCCUCCCUCUCCAUCGGCCAGCUUUUACGCCAUGAGCGACGACGAAGAAGGUGAAUACAGCACUAUUACCCAUACCGAGAGUGGUAGAGGGGUCAAGCUGUUAUUCUCCAAGAGCAAGGUGUACAUACACCCAACACCUUCUGCCAAGGACAAUAUCCCCGGAUAUGUCGCCCUUCUCCAGCAAAAGCCACCCCGUCCGGGCGAGCGACCGUCCUCGUCCUCCUCGUUAGCCCCAGCGCCGACUUCUUCCGAUCUCCUUCUCGCAUGGCUCCCGGAGUCUUCGCUUGGUGAUGCAGCGAGCAUCUACGUCAAGGUCGACCUCUGCGAGGGUGACUCGCCUCCGAAACAAUCAUAUCUCGUCCCUCCUCCGCCGACGGUCACGACCCACAGCGAUGUAGUUGGACACUACGCUUUCGCCAUACCUGUUAGCGCCAUCUUCUCUCUCCUGGUGCGCCCGCCAAGCAUCGGCUGGUGGUUCGGCUCCGUUAUUAUCAACACCCGAGCCGGUGACAGCUUCCCAGCCCUCUUUUUCCACGAUAGCGAGUGCGAGAGUACGAUACUGCAAAAGAAGAAGCGUGCAAGGCAAAACUUUGAUCCCUUUGGCGAAAAUGGAGAAAUGUUUUGGGGUGGCGAUGAAGUCCUGCGGUGGUUGAGGAGAUAUGUCCGGAUUGAGCGUUCGACGGCGGAGCCCAACGUCUACCUGGUUGAACCGUCGAAGGAGGAUAGUGAGUCGUUCUCCUUCAAGUCUGUCUCGAGUCCAUCCCAAAUCGGGAGGCAGGAUUCGGCUUCUGGAAUUCGCGGGAGGGGACCACCGUUGCCUCCUCCCGGGUCAAGAAGGUCGGUAAACGAUGCCCAGAUGGAUCCAUUUAUGAAGUUCGUCAAGGAAACCGGUUGGAACAUCAUGGAGAAGUUUUCUAGAGUUACUACCUUCACUCGAAGGGCCGCGCAGGAUGUCUUGGAUAACCCGAACGUGCCACCCCAGGUUAAGAGACUGCUCGGGAACCCCGAAGUGCAGACCCUGCAGGAUGAAUUUGACAGCGCAAGGCUAUAUCUCGCCCGGUGGGCUAUGGGUAUUGCCGAGCAGAGCGAACGUGAUAGACGCCAGCGGAUAUGGACCGCCCAGGACGUCAUGGAGCUCGAAGAUACGGAUGUGGGCGAGUUCGAAUUGGUAGACGGAGCUAGUAUGCUGUCCCUAGAAGAGAGAAGGAAACCGGUGACUCUGAAGGAGUGGAACGGGUUUUUCGAUCCCGUCACCGGUCGCCUCUCCGUCACGAUCGACGAAGUCAAAGAGAGGAUUUUCCAUGGCGGCUUAGACCCCGAGGAUGGAGUACGAAGGGAAGCUUGGCCGUUUUUACUCGGCCUCCAUGAGUGGUACUCAACCGCCGAGGAAAGGAGGGUUCAGAUCGCCUCCUUGAGAGAUGAAUAUUAUAGACUGAAGAACUCCUGGUGGGAGAGACUCGAUGGAAUGGGAGGCGAUGGCGAAUCUGGCGAGUGGUGGAGGGAGCAAAGAGGCAGGAUAGAGAAGGAUGUCCACAGGACAGACCGAAACGUCCCAAUCUUCCAAGGAGAGGAUGUACCUCACCCGGAUCCCAAAUCCCCAUUCGCUGAAGUUGGGACGAAUGCCCAUCUUGAGCAGCUCAAGGAAAUGCUCCUGACCUAUAACGAGUACAACAAAGAUCUAGGCUACGUCCAAGGCAUGUCGGAUCUCCUCGCGCCAAUUUACGCCGUCAUCCAAGACGACGCGGUUGCAUUCUGGGGCUUUCAGAAAUUCAUGGAGCGCAUGGAGCGAAACUUUCUCCGAGACCAAUCCGGCAUGCGCGCCCAGCUCCUGGCCCUCGAUCAGCUCGUCCACUUCAUGGACCCGAAACUCCACGCCCAUCUCCAGUCCACCGAUAGCACAAACUUCUUCUUUUUCUUCCGGAUGCUGUUAGUUUGGUAUAAGCGCGAGUUCAAGUGGCUCGAUGUCCUCCAUCUUUGGGAGGUGCUCUGGACCGACUAUCUUACGAGUAGCUUCCACCUCUUCGUUGCGCUGGCUAUCUUGGAGAAGCAUCGCGAUAUUAUCAUGACGCAUCUCAAGGCAUUUGAUGAGGUCCUUAAAUAUGUGAACGAGCUUUCCAACACCAUGGACCUGGAGUCAACACUCAUCCGUGCCGAGCAACUCUUCCGCCGCUUCCGCCGCCUCGUCGAGACAAUCGACAAGAAGCACAGCCUUCCUCUCCCACCGCCUCGCCCUCAGGGCCAUCAAGCAUCUUCGUCAGUAAGCUCCACUGCCUCAGGCCAGGUGCUUACGCCGACAUCUUCCGUCGGGCCUACUUCUCCACGGAGAGAUACGGGGAAAGCGCCGGAGACGGGGCCUGCCGCUACUGAGAGAGUCAUCACCCCGGAGCUGCGGAAGCUGCUGAGUCGGAAAGUGGAGGUCGUUCCGAAGAGGAGACCUGGCCCUAAGUGA